AUGGUGAAAGAAGGGAUAUUUCCGGAACCAGCAAAGAAGAAACGUCCCAAACCGGAAGCUUCCAAGGAGAAUCGGCAUGUGAACUACCACUUGGGCUUGCGGGAGGAGUGUGAGAAGCGGCUUGGUACAGGUGCCAUGGAGGUCUACGAGCAGCUCAAUCGAACGUUUGAGCACAUGUCUCUAGCUGCCAACAUGGGUGGCAAAAUGCUGGCACUCGGCCCUGGCAUCGUGUCAUCCUCCUUGCAUCGCCUUGAUCAGCUGCGAAAGUACCGGAAACCUUUAUAUUUGCCGCAUCCUUUGCAGCAACGGCCCGAGAAAGCGGAGCGGCUCAAUGAGCAGGUCCUCUUGGAGCUCUUCACGCGACCCGGCGAGGGGGUCAGACCGGUGGAAGACGGACGUGACGUGGAAGACGGACACGAGGGG